CAAUUGAAACGUCCGUCCAUUCCUCCAUUUUUUUUUUACCGUUUAACGUCCGUCCAUCCCUCCAUUUUUUUUUUACCGUUUGUCUCUUUCGAGGUGUAAAAUAAUAUUUUGUUUAACGAAAUUUGACUUAUCUCAUUAAGGAAUACAAGGCAGCAAAUGUGUAGCUGACUUGCCUUCGGAGCCGACGUCGCCCCCGUGCGACGUAAAGCUGUUGCAUGCUGCCCACAUUCACCCUACUUCGGCCAAAUUCCGAAUUAAAGUGAAGUCCCACAGGUUGGCAUUGGAGAUGGUGUUGGGCCAGUAGAUACCUAGGAGGCGACGGAGACAGCGGUUGGAAGAAUGUCUGUAUUUUGGGCUUCUGGAGCCAAGGAUUCGCAACAGCAUGGACACGAAGAGCCUGGAGGAGCGUUGCAACAGGAUCCUGAGGAACAUGGAGGCCUCUCUCACGGCUCGGGACCGCGUCGGAAUCCAGGAUUUUGUUCUCUUGGACAACUACACCAGCGAGACCGCCUUCCUUGACAACCUGAGGAAACGCUUCCAUGAGAAUUUGGUUUAUACCUACAUAGGCACUCUUUUGGUGUCAGUCAACCCAUACAAGGAGCUGGACAUCUACAACAAGAGUCAGAUGGACACCUACAUGGGCGUCAACUUCUUUGAACUUCCACCUCACAUCUACGCGCUGGCAGACAACGUGUUCCGCACCAUGCUGUCCGAGUUCAACAACCACUUCAUCCUGAUUUCGGGGGAGAGCGGCGCAGGCAAGACGGAGGCCUCGAAGAAGAUUCUGCACUUUUAUGCGGUCAGCUGUCCUAGUACCAAAGUCUUGAAUAACGUCAGAGACAGGAUGCUGGUCUCCAACCCUGUGCUUGAGGCUUUCGGAAAUGCCAAAACCCUAAAGAAUGACAACUCCAGUCGCUUCGGGAAGUAUAUGGACAUCCAGUUCGAUCACCAGGGCGGGGCAGUCGGGGGACACAUUCUGAGCUACCUGCUGGAGAAGUCACGCGUGGUCCAUCAGAACCACGGCGAGCGGAACUUCCACAUCUUCUACCAGCUGGUGGAGGGCGGAGAGGAAGAUCUGCUCCGCUGGCUGGGCCUAGAGAGGAACUGUCAGCUUUACCGCUACCUGGUUCAGGGUAAUUGUGCCAAAGUCAGCUCCAUCAACGACAAAAGCGACUGGAAGACGGUGCGGAGAGCCCUUUCUGUCAUUGACUUCAGCGAGAGUGACACCGAGCACCUGUUUGGAAUCAUUGCCAGCGUUCUCCACUUGGGGAACGUCCAGUUCGAGACGGACGCUCGAGGUUAUGCCAGUCUCAACAACAACCAGGAAAUGCAAUGGGUGUCAAAAUUACUUGGGAUCCCUGCUCAGGUGCUACAACAGGGCUUAACGCACCGAAAGAUCGAGGCCAAAAAGGAGGAGGUUUUUAGUCCCUUUUCUGUGGACCACGCUGUUUACGCGAGGGACGCCCUGGCCAAAGCUGUCUAUGGACGCACUUUCAACUGGCUGGUCAACAAGAUCAAUGAAUCGCUGGCAAACAUGGAUUCAUCCAGAAAGACGGUGAUCGGUCUGUUAGACAUCUAUGGAUUCGAGGUUUUCAACGUGAACAGCUUUGAGCAGUUUUGCAUCAACUACUGCAACGAGAAGCUUCAGCAACUUUUCAUCCAGCUGACUCUGAAGUCGGAGCAGGAGGAGUACGAGACGGAAGGCAUCGAGUGGGAGCCAGUGCCAUAUUUCAACAAUAAGAUCAUCUGCGACCUUGUGGAGGAGAAACACCGAGGGAUCAUCUCCUUAUUGGAUGAGGAGUGUUUACGUCCCGGCGAGGCCACAGAUCUCACUCUGCUGGAGAAAAUGGAGGAAGAGAUCGGCGGUCACCCUCAUUUUGUCACACACAAACUUGCCGACCAAAGGACGAGGAAAACACUGGAGAGAGGAGACUUCCGCCUGCUGCACUACGCUGGAGAGGUCACAUACUGUGUAGUGGGAUUUCUGGACAAAAACAACGACCUUUUGUAUCAAAAUGGAAAAGAGGUUAUGCAACAGUCGAAAAAUGCUAUCAUCAAACAUUGUUUUCCUUCGACCGAGCCGGACCGAAAGAGGAGACCUGAAACUGUGGUGACCCAGUUCAAGAGCAGCCUGGUGGGCCUGACCGAGAUCCUAAUGACCAAAGAGCCUUGGUACAUCCGCUGCAUCAAACCCAAUGAAGCCAAACUUCCGGGACGCUUUGAUGAAGUGCUGGUGCGACAUCAGGUCAAGUACUUGGGCCUGAUGGAGCACCUGAGGGUGCGGCGUGCGGGAUUUGCGUAUCGCCGAAAAUAUGAGAUCUUCCUCCAGAGGUACAAAGCCUUAUGUCCAGGCACCUGGCCCAACUGGAAAGGUACCGCUGCGGAAGGUGUGCAGUGCCUAAUCAAGCAUCUGGGCUACAAACCUGAUGAGUACAAGAUGGGCAGGACAAAGAUUUUCAUCCGCCAUCCGGAAACUCUGUUUGCAACGGAAGACGCCUUUCAAGUGUGCAAACAUAAGCUAGCCACAAGGAUUCAGGCCAAAUACAAAGGCUACCGCGUGAAAGGCGACUACCAGAAGCAGAAAGAUGCCGCCACUAAGAUCGAGAACUGCUUUCGAGGCAUGAUGGCAAGAAAGGAGCGAGAAAAGAGGGAAUGGGCAGUUCGGAUCAUCAAGAGGUUCAUUAAAGGUUUCAUGACCCGAAAUGAUCCUUCCAGCGCUGACAACAGAGAGUACCUGGCAUACGUGAGGCAAAACUAUUUGACUCGGCUCAAGGAGAACCUCCCAAAGACGGUCCUGGAGAAAGACUCUUGGCCCACCCCUGCGCCUGUAAUGAACGAGGCAUCCCAGCUGCUAAAAAAGCUCUACAUCCGCCACAUGGUCCGUAAGUACGUCCAAGGAAUGACCGAGGAGAGAAAAGCACAGCUUGAGUUAAAAGUCCGGAGCGGCUGCAUGUUCAAAGACAAAAAGGAGAACUACCCCUUCAGUGUGUGCAGACCCUUCCUGGACACCAGGAUAGGCACUGAAUACAUAAGCAUGAAAGUCAUGCAAGCGAUUCGUCACGAGCACGUCAAAUACGCCGUCCCCGUGGUCAAGUAUGACAGGAACGGCUUCAGGCCUCAUCCGCGGCAGCUCGUCUUCACUCAGGAAGCCGCCUAUCUAGUGGAGGAGGCCAAGAUCAAGCAGAGGAUUGAUUACAGCUCGCUGAAAGGCGUUUCCGUCAGCAACCUGAGUGACAACUUCUUGAUCCUCCAUGUUGCAUGUGAUGACAUCAAGCAGAAGGGGGAUCUUGUUCUGCAGUGUGACUUCCUGUUUGAGGCCCUCACCAAGCUGUGUGUCAUUACCAACAAGCCGGACCUAAUCCAGGUAGUCCAGGGCAGCGUGCGAUUUGACAUCCAGCCCGGCAGGGAAGGCUUUGUGGACUUUCGGAGCGGCCACGAGUCGGCGGUCUACAGGGCCAAAAAUGGCCACUUGACUGUGGAAUCAACAAGAAGCAGAUGAUUUGUGCACCGACCCUCGCUCUGCAUACUAUAGUAACAGCCACUCUAUGCUGUUAUUGCCAAUAUUUCCGUCGUGGAGUGACUAGUUAGAGUAACAGAAUGUUGAAUCACAUCCACCAUCUUUAAUGAGACAAAUAGACACUUAGAAGCAUUUCUAUUUAAAUCCUCCUAAAACACUUAUAAUAAAGAGGGCACCAUCAUAAUAACUGCAAUGUUUAUACGUUCUACUCUAUUACAUUUACUUUUGUUUACUCUUAAAGUUGACUAGUGUUCUUGUGUAUUUGUAUUUUUUUUAUAUUGUUUUUAAUGUAUACCUGUACUUUUACUACAAAACCCAAAACCAGAGAAAUUGGCACUUUGUGUAAAUGGUAAAUAAAAAUCCUUUUCAACUUAUAUUCAAUUGAAUGGACUGCAAAGACAAGAUAUUUAAUGUUCGAACUAAGAAAGGUAUUUUUUUUGUUGCAAAUAAUCAUUAACUUAGAAUUUAAUGGCCGCAACACAUUGCAAACAAGUUGGCACUGGGGCAUUUUUACCACUGGGUUACAUCGCCUUUCCUUUUAACAACACUCAGUAAAUGUUUUGGAACUGAGGAGACCAAUUUUUUAAGCCUUUCAGGUGGAAUACUUUCCCAUUUUUGCUUGAUGUACAGCUUAAGAUGUUCAACAGUCCGGGGUCUCCCUUGUGGUAUUUUUGACGCUUCAAAAUGCUCCACACAUUUUCAAUGGGAGACAGGUCUAGACUACAGGUAGGCCAGUCUAGUACCCACAUUAUUUUAGUAUGAAGCCACGCUGUUGUAACACGUGCAGAAUUUGGCUUGGCAUUUUCUUGCUGAAAUAAGCAGGGGCGUCCAUGAUAACGUUGCUUGGAUGGCAACAUAUGUUGCACCAAAACCUGUAUGUACCUUUCAGCAUUAAUGGUGCCUUCACAGAUGUGUAAGUUACUCAUGCCUGGGCCUCUAAUACACCCCCAUACCAUCACAGAUGCUGGCUUUUGAACUUUGCGCCUAGAACAAUCUGGAUGGUUCGUUUCCUCUUUGGUCCGGAGGACAUGAUGUACACAGUUUCCAAAAACAAUCUGAAAUGUGGACUCGUCAGACCACAGAACGCGUUUCCACUUUGCAUCAGUCUAUCUUAGAUGAGCUCGGGCCCAGCGAAGCCGGCAACGUUUCUAGGUGUUGUUGAUAAAUGGCUUUGGCUUUGCAUAGUAGAGUUUUAACUUGCACAGAGGUAGCAACAAACUAUAGUUACUGACAGUGGUUUUCUGAAGUGUUCCUGAGCCCAUGUGGUGAUAUCCUUUACACACUGAUGUCCCUUUUUGAUGCAGUACUGCAUGAGGAAUGUAAGGUCCACAAUAUCAUUGCUUUAUGUGCACUGAUUUCUCAAAAUUCUCUGAACCUUUUGAUGAUAUUACGGACCGAAGAUGGUGAAAUCCCUAACUUCCUUGCAAUAGCUGGUUGAGAAAUGUUGUUUUCUUAAACUGUUUAACAAUUUGCUCACGCAUUUGUUCACAACGUGGUGACCCUCGCCCCAUCUUUGUUUUUGAAUGAAUGAAUGAAGCUACCUUUUAUACCCAAUCAUGGCACCCACCUGUUCCCUAUUAGCCUGUUCUAAAUAAGUGUUUUUUGCCACUCAUACCAGCUUUUUUUAAACAUGUUGCAGACAUCAAAUCCCAAAUGAGGUAAUAUUUGCCAAAAAUAACAAAGUUAACUAGUUCAAACGUUAAGUAUCUUGUUUUUUCAGUCUAUUCAAUUGAAUAAAGCUUAAAAAGGAUUUGCAAAUGUUUUUAUUUAGGAUUUACACAACCUGCCAACUUCCCUGGUUUUGGGUUUUGUACAUUUACUUUUGUUUACUUUUGCAAUUGACUACUGUUGUCGUGUAUUUGUAUUUUUAGUUUUGAAGUUGUUUUUAAUGUAUAUCUGUACUUUUACUAAAAUAUGUUUACUUUAAAGUAUCGUGUACUUGGCUACAUUUUAAAGUCUUAUUGAGAGGAAGAAAAAAAAAUAGCAUCUGCAAAAAAGUAGUAAGUUAUGGGCGAGAUAAAGACAUAUUCUGCAGAAUGAUGAGGAUUUGUUCCAUUUUUUGCACGUUAAGUCAUGAAUAGAUGUGUCAUUAAAGAACAUCUGUGUCAA